GAGUGAGGGAACCGAGCCGAAGUACGGGACCGUGGAAACGACUGUGGAUGACGUUACAUCAUGAAGUGUGCCGUGUUGUCACCAGCUGUUGUCUGGAAGACGAAGGAAAAGUGGAUGCGUCUCGGUCUAAUGUGAGCCCGCGACCACACCGGACACCGUAGCGGCAUUUUUGGGAGCUGAGAGAUGAGACCGGAUGAGUGAGAGAAGCUCCGGAGCCGCUCCAGCCUCCCAGUGACAGUAUCAAUUACAUAACUGAAGGAGGCAUCGAUAAGACAAAAACUGUGAUAACGGACCACUAGUGCCAGUACAGGUCGGAGGUGAAGCCAUUUUCCUCUGCAGUGAGUGAAACGGUUUAUCUACUCAGUUAUAAGUCAUUUAUACGUGCACUUUCAUUCCUGUAGAGAUAGGUAGCCCACUUGUAGAUCCCUGUGGCUGUGUUACAGCUGAUUAUGUAGCUAGGGAGAUUCAGGGCUCUGAAAACUACAGCACAGCAUGCUGGAGUGACCAGCUACACUGUUUACUCUUGUCAGUCAAUUAGUGUUGAGCAGGCUGAUACUGCAGGGCUCAGCAGUUUGACUUCAGGUCAAAGGUUACUUCUUAAAAUUAGCCUCCCAGUAUCCUACUUCAGUCCAACCUCCAUAUAUGAAAAGCUUGUUUUAAAAUGUGUGAAUCAUUAUCCCUGUAUUUUAUCUCCCAUUUUCUGAAGCCAAAUACAUUGAAGGAAAUGUCAAGAUUAAUUACAAGUGUGUAUAAUAUACAUGUAGGACUUUGCUGCAUAAUUUAAAGCACUUAAACAAGAAGGAAUAGAUGCAUUAUUGUGUGCAAACUCAAACUAAGAAUGUAAAGCAUGUUUUGUUAAAAGACUAAGAGACUACCCCUUGUUUUCUCAGCUGUUAGCCCAGUAUUUCCCUGUUUCUAGCAGUGGUGGACCGAACAGUAGUCAAGUUUAAUCAGAAUGUGAACCAAAUUGCUGUACAAGUCGAAAAUAUAUUAUAAAAAAAGGCAAAUUCGGGUUAAAAGACACCGAAAACACAAUAAUUAACACAGCAAAAAAACACAACAUGGAAAAGCAAACUAAAAAUGUCAAACUGUCACUCUCAACUAAUGUCAAGCCUAUGUAUAGAGAUGUGUUUUAAAUAGAGCCCGACCAAUUUAUCAGCGAGUUGAUUAAAUCGGCCAAUUUUAGCCCGUUUGAGACUUAUUGGUAAUCGGCCAAAACUCCCCGAUUUUCGCAGAUAUUUUCAGAAAUAAAAUGCAGAGAAUAAGAUUCGGUUUUACUUCGAUAAUGUUCCGCCAUUUGAAAAGUUCCCUGACUUAUCCUGUAGAUGGCGCAGCAACCUCAACCUCAACCUCUCUUACUGAGGCAGCUGCAUGUCUCCAGAUGAGGCUGGACCGGAAAUGAGUAACGUGAGUUAAUUGGUAAUCGGAACCCCCCCCUCCCCCAAUUAAUCGGUAUCUGCAUCGGCCCUAAAAAAUCCAUAUCAGUCGGGCCCUAUUUUUAAGUAAUGAUUUUAAACUUUCAAGAGUCUGAGCAGUUCUUUUAUCAAAGUGAAAGUUGCGCUCUCUUAAUUGUUACUUGGGUUGAAAUAUUAGAUUACUGCUGUAGCAAUCAUAGUCAACACUGAAUAUCUUUAAAAUAUUUAAGCACUUAUUCUAUCACUGAAAAUAUCUCAAAACAUUGUAUUUGAACUCUGCAUCAGUGCAGCCAAGAAUACAUGGGUGUACACUUAUAUAUGUAUUUAGAGAACUAUUUACAUACAGAUUACAGAUUUUUAGAUUUGCAUUUACCUCUUUGGGCCAAGUCCUGUAUAAAUCAAGAGAAAUCAUCAAGUUAAGUCAGAUUUUAUAUAUAGAGCAUGUUCAAAAUAGAAAGUAGAAAUGAAAACAUAACAGGAAGUUACCUCAGUCUCUUAGCUGGAAUGAAAAACCACAGAUGAAGUUUGACCAACCAACCGAACAAUCAGCAGCACAAGUCAGGCACAGACGACUUGGUUAAGAAGAAAAUUCAUCUGUAAUUAAACAGUUUUUUAAAAUUACGCAGCUACAUCUCAGGUUGGAUAAAGAAUUCUUGAACAUUUCAAACAAACCUCAGUCAUGGACUAACGAUACGACCAUGAACUCAGUUGGUGAACCGUAAACCUUCUCUGCUGUUGCCAUCAGUCAACACUAAAUUAACUGUCUGACUGACAUUUGCUCUGUAUUUACUUUAUGUUCAACCAUGGAGACAUACAAGUACGGCAACACCACGAAGACAAAUGACAUGCAGAGCUGCACAAACACAGUUGACUGUCUUUGGGAUUAUGUUUUAAGUGAAGAAAAUGAAUCAGCUGACUUUAGAGCAGGAUUGUGAGGAGUCUUUUAGAUGUAGUGGAGAAAAAUCCAAAGUUUUCCCCAAAGUAAUACUAAAAUAAAGCAGAUAUAUACUCAGAUAGAGCACUCAGAUAAAGUUUAUAUACUUAGUUAAGGUCCACCACUGUCCCCAAGAUGGAUGUUGAUAAAAAGCUAUUUAAGAUUUUGAUACUGAUGGAACAUUAAGUUUGUAAAAGCAGGCCUUGACUUACAGCCCAGCCCUACUUUUGAGUAAUAUUUUAAUUUAAUAUCUCGAGCUAAGAGUGAGUAAAUAACAUGUUGUUAUCAGCACAUACUGUAGAUACUGACUAUUAGAAGUUUUCCAAUAUUCUAGAUGAAGUCUGGUCUUCUGCAGACUGUCAAUAAUCAGAUUGAGACCUUGUUCUCUUUAUCUCUCGGCACACAGACGUUUAUCUCACCGCAGCCUGAGACAAAGUUCAAACAGGAGGUUCAAAGGGGAGAUUGUGCUUUUGAAGUGGCACCCCCGCCACUGUCAUGAACGUGGGCACGGCGCACAGCGAGGUGAACCCAAACACCCGGGUGAUGAACAGCAGAGGGAUGUGGCUCUCCUACAUCCUGGGCAUCGGCCUCCUGCACGUCAUCCUGCUCAGCAUUCCCUUCGCCAGCGUGCCAGUGGUCUGGACCCUCACCAACCUCAUACACAAUCUGGUCAGUAAAGCAUAAUUUCCACCAGAACCACCAGCCUGGCUUCUGUAUUUUUUUUUUUUUUUUUCAUGAGUUGUUGAAGAAGUGAGGUCAAUUAAGGACAUGAUGAAGAGCUGUCUGAGAAAAGCUUUCUAUUUGGGGGAUGGAAAUAGCUGUAUAACAAGGGAAGAAGUAAAUCACAGCACAAAGAUGUUUCUAGGAAGCUGCUUUAUUCAAGAAGUUCUUGUUAUGCCUCAGUUGGCUGAAACCUUUUUGUAUUAUUACUCCAUGUUGUUAGUCUUCGACAAGCUUGAAAAACACGUUUUGUUCUACAACCAAUCACGAUUUUACGUGGUGUGAAAUUAUAAAGGCAUGACGAUGGUGGAGUGCGUCACAGCACUGAUGCAGACCCAGGUUAUGAAGUAGGUCUUGACAUUUGUAUUGAAAGAGAGACAUUAUGAGGCGUAAAUGUGUUGCCUUUUAAAGGACUUUUUCUAAGUUUUAGGCACUAAACUAUCCAAAAAUGAUGGUUCCGUCAGAAGCACAAACUGAUUUUUUUAGUUUUAUUUUACAGAAAAUUUGGGAAAGUUUUAUGACGAGCAAAAGUAAAUUACAAGGAAUGCGGAAAAAAGUUAACUGUCAAAUCUGAUCUUUUCCUCGCUUGUACAGUUCCGCCAUCACUUCUCUGUACUCGGCAUGCUGACUCAAAACUUCAGGGCUGUAAUCUUCCUCCACACGAAUUUGCUGGCCCCGUUACUCCAGCCUCCCUCUUCGUCGACUUUUAUCCCGUAGCAGUGUAAUCGGAGAAUGACCGGGCGCGAUCGCUGUCCCGGGGCCGGUUUGGCAGUUAGUGAGCAGAGUGUUGCUCCAGUAGCACAGACACAGCAUCAACUGUUACGCUAGCUGCCAACGAUGAAUUGUCCAUUUUGGAAGAUUUACCUCUCUUCGGAGUCAUUUGUAACUAGACCACAAUAAGAUAAUUGACACCAAUAAAUUACAGCAAGUUGUCGUAGAAUGUCUGAAUGAAAUGUUAUAAGAUGGAAACAUGCAGGAGCUGCUCUCCGUUGCUUCUACUCCAUGUGGCCGCUUAACUGGAAGUCUCCUUUGAGGUGUUAUACUUUAUUUUUUGGGGGGAGUCUUUAGUGAGUCCAGAACUGAUAGUCACGGUCCAGGGAUGAUGUAUUUUAUCAUGCAGUUCAAAAGUUCCUGACAUCACAUCUACUUGUUUCUUGCUUGUUUUUUAAAUCUUAACAAUCAAAUCAAAAAAGUGAAAGAUGAAGUCCUUAAAGCUCCUGUCAGGAACUUUUCAUUCGUGCACAUUUUGAACAAUCUUUGUUUACCUUGUCCUCCAUGUGCCUUAGUAGUAACUUUACAAAAAAAUAUUCCAUCCUGCUGAAUUUUGACUCUUAAAUGUGUCAAUUUUUGUCAAUAUUGUACAUGAAAAUUAUAAAUCAAGGCUGUUUUUCACCCGCAUGGCCGACACCAACCCCCUCAGACCAAUUCAAUGGAGUCAAAAUAACAACAUACAGUUUUUUCAUCUUGUCAUAUUUGCUUUCGGAGAUCAUAAAAAGGCAUCAAUAUGAAUUUCAGUUGAUUUUAUAGUCAUAGAAAAAAACUCCACAGGAGCUUUAAUUGAUUCAGUGCAUUAAUUGUUUCUUUAAUUGUUUUUCCUAUCCAGACCUGUUUAAUUAUUUUCAGUCCAUCUUCUUUCAUUAUUUUACUCAGCCUUUGUUUUAAGGUGCGUUGUCUUUUAGUCCGUAAGCUUUGCUCCGUUGUCUCCUUGUUUUAUUCUCAUACCGUGAGUGUUUAUGUUUGUGAAGCACUUUGUCACUUUAUUUGAAUAAAAGCUGUGUAAAUAAAAGUUAUUACCCCUCUAAUUAUCAUCAUAUCUCUGAUCUCUUGCAGUGCAUGUACCUCCUACUUCACACGGUCAAAGGGACGCCGUUUGAGACCCCAGAUCAGGGCAAAGCCCGCCUCCUCACGCACUGGGAGCAGAUGGACUACGGCGUUCAGUUUACCGCUUCACGAAAGUUCCUCACCAUCACACCCAUCGUCUUGUAAGUGUCUCUGCGCUCUUCGUGCUUACCUUCGGUUGUGUAACAGGUGACAGGAACAGCUGAUCAUAAAGAGCGGAUCUAAAUUAGAGUACACAGCGGGAAACAAGUAAAGCAGGCUUGUGUGUGCUGUGGUGCCAUCACUUUGACAUUAAGAAGGUGAAAAGAGAACAAACAGAAAUACUCCUAAGUGCCUCAAGAACGACGUGAUCCUGCUGCAGCGUCUGAUCAUUAAGACUCACUUUGGUUUAUAGGUUUCUGUGGAAGUGGGUGAUCGUCUCUGUCUGCUGAUUUUUGAUUCGCAGCUGAGUUUUAUUUUUGCAGAAUCUAGAAUCAUCUGUAAGAGAAAACAAUUUCCACCACUUUAAGCUUUAUUUAUGAGUUUUCACUCACAUCGAGAGUUGAUUGAUUAUCCUUCCUGCUGCCUCCCUCAUUAGCCAAGCUCACAAAUUGUUAAGGGGCUUAGUAUUUGCAGCAGGACUCCACGCUGCUUUCAUGCCCUUUUCUGUCCCUAUUAAGCAGCACAGUUCACUUUACAGGAAGCUCCCUCUCUCUCUCUCAGACUCCCUGGGGUUAGUUUGCCAGCUCAGCUUGAACAUUGUCCCGAUAGCAGUUUUGCAGGUACAUGUUUGCAUUCGCCAGAAUCGAAGGCCUCCCUUCAUUUUGUUUACCAGCAGGGAGACACGAGUGGUCAGUCUGCAGGCUUCAGAUGGAAAAAAAGCAACAACGCAUCCACUGAAGUUUCUCAAGAGCCUCUUUCACAUGUCUUCACUUGUUCAGCAGAGAACAGAAUGUGCGGUUUGUCAGCCUGAGCUUGAGAAAAAUUGUGAUGUGGUAUUCCAGUUAAGUCCUUAAAUGCCGCUUACAUCGAACUCGGUAGCUUGUAUUGACUGGAGUGUUUCUGUGCCUAGACCGCAUACUAUAUGUGCAUCCACUGCCAGCAUGUAGUGACAGUCAGGGCUUGUAAUAGAAGGGGGAUAAGAGCUUGUGAGAAAUAACCUUGUUGGUUAGAUUAGAUUUAGAGCUCAGCAGUAAACAGGCUUUGUUACAGGAAGAUUUUCAGUUCCAACGAUAUUGGAGAAAAGAUAUAAGAAAUAUCUGAAAGUAUUUUAUCAACAACACAUCUAUAUUUCUAAUUCAGCCAUUAAAUUGAGGCUGGCCCCUCCUAAAAGAAACAUCCUGAAAAGAGAGAGUAAUCAUCAGAUCGUGACGGUGCAUCUGGGCAUGUAUAACCUGCAGGCAAACGGCACACUUUUGUUUUCGCAACAUCCCCAUUUCGGUGUAAAUGCACGCAACAUCAAAAGAGAAAAUGAAGAUAAACUAGAUCGAGGCUUAAAUAAAAACUGAUUUUGCAAUUCUGUUACUCUGCAUGUUGAAACACCGUCACUCCUUCAGGUGUUGGCGCUUUGUGUUCCAGUUUGGGAACACCUUACUGUGAAUUUUAGGAGAAAAUCAACUGGGAAUCUAUUACAAACAACAGGACUAAAAAUCUAACUUCUACUGGUGUUCCCCUUUUGAAGACGUUUGCAUCACCAACUAACCAUCGGUCACUUUUCUGGCAAAUAUUUUACAAAGGAACAGAAAAAAAGUGGUGGCACCACAGCAGAUGUUUGCUCUUGCACAAAAGAUCCAACAUAUAUUCUGAGGUUGCAAAUUCUGAGGUUGCAAAGAUUGAAAACCAAGAAGGUCAUAAUUGUGAGACCUGAAAUUCGGAGUUGUGUUUUUAUGUUAUUUUCUGUUUAGGUUAUUCUAAACUCAUUGUUUUCCUCGCCAACAGAGACUCAUAUAUGACCAUUUUUUGCAGACUAGCAAUUUACCGUAAAGUCUGAAAUAUAAGUUGCAGUAUAUGGAUGCAAUUUGUUUUUUUAGGAUUAUUGGAGGAAAAAAAAAUUAAAAUUCCUUCCUGAAAAGAAAAUUCUGUUGAGUUCAGCAACUUUCCUUUUAUGUGCAGCUGUGUAGCACUCUGUACACCUAUCAUUUUCUGCCAUACUGCGAGCAAACCAUACAGUUGGUUACGCUCAACCUAUGGUAACACUUACGUUUGUGAGGUUUGGACCUACUGCCAGGCUGGACUGGUUCUCUUAGGUCUGUGACACCCCCUUCUGCUGGUCACUUUUCAUAAAUUGAGUCUUUUCAUUCAACAAGUCUAACUAAUAGCUGAGCAUCAUGGUUAUGACUGAAUGAAGGGAAAGAGCUGGAAAAGCGGUGACAAAUGUCCCGUCUACCCUUGGUAUGUAUCUGUAAUGCCUUGUGUAACAAUAUGACUUCUUACUCAUACUCAGAUUUUGCUUGUACUGAUGUUUACGAUGCCUCUUGACAAAAAAAGGUAUUCAAGUGCAUCCUAGACAUCAAAGUUUAUGACACUUCAAGACAACAGUCAUCACACUUUUCUGUAAUUUUUUUUGCAGGUAUAUUCUGACCAGCUUCUACACCAAAUACGACCGAGUCCAUUUUGUGGUCAACACAGUUUCUUUGCUCACUGUACUCAUCCCCAAGCUGCCUCAGCUACACGGCGUGAGGAUCUUUGGCAUUAAUAAGUACUGACAGGGCUGAAGAGGACACCUCCUUCCUUUGAGUCUCAGCGGACCGGCUGAGAGCACACAGAGGAUCACGCCUCUGAUUUGACUGCAGAUCUACGAGGAUCCGUCGCUCUGGACUCUGCUGUGCUCUGCUCUAAAUGAAGCCCGCUGAGGAUACUGCCAUGGUACCAAACCUCAAUACACUUUACAGAGAGGACGGAGAGAAAGUGUACUGCAGAGGUUCUUUGUGGCCUGUUUCCUUUGAGUUAAAGGUUUUCUAGGGACACUUUACAGCAUCGGUAAGGGAGCAUUACGCCUGUUAAAAUGACAGUUUGGUGUCGAGGGGAGAGGACAAUGACACCCACUGGCACUCUGACGCUGUAGUCUGACUUAUUUUCUAUGUAAUGACACAGUGCUGUAUUUAUUCAGCUUUCCUCUCACCAGAAGUGUCUUUUGCUCGAGGUUUCUGGGGAGUCAAACAAUAUUUUAAUGAAACGAUGAGGGACUUGUGAACUGCAGCAGAGGCGAGACAAAAAAACCCACACGGUUUUAUAUUUAGCCCUCGCUGUGCUGCUCAGGGCCAAGAUAGUGAAGUUAAGUAGCUCUUAUUUUAUCUGACCAUUUCCAUAUUUGGACCCCUUUUGUCCUGUUUCUGUGUCGCAGUGAGCCUCCUGUCUGCAGAACCGUCUAGCCUGAGUGUAGAAAGAAUGUUCCGGAGCAGUCCACUGAUCCAAUACGGUACGAUAAGAAGGUCAUCAGCUGAGUGACAAGCGCUUAUAUCCUUAAUUAUUUCACAAAUAAAGACUCCAAUCUUAUCAGAGUCACCUUUUAAACUGAAGCGAUAAAUGAUGGAAACCUUAUAGGUCAAAAAUACUCGCAUUUCCUUUUUUUCUCUCUCCGCAGUUUCAGAAGCGAAGGACAGAACUUUUCAAAACCCCUCUCAAAGUUUCAUGUCUGUUGUGUUGGCUAACUCAGCUUAUCUGCUGUCUGGUGCUGAGCAGGUCCGAGUGUCAUUUGAUAAAGGUACGAUAAUAGCAAACGAAGUUCCUUGUAGAAAACAGUUUAUUACCUCAUGCUAAAGUAAUCCUCUUUAUCAACCAGGUAGCCAGGAUGGUCAACUGUGACCAACUAUUACAUCUGACCUGCUUUUAAAGGUAAAAUGCGUAGAAUUCAGCAGAAUAGACUUUGUAGGAGUGGAAUAUUAUACUCAUAAGUAUGUUUCAAAGGUUUUGUUUACUUAAUAUGAACCUUUUAAAUCUGCACAGGAGGCUGAAAUCUUGCACCAACACAUUUCUACAGUAGCACAGAAGGGACAAACUAGUCUGAUCUUUGAGAAAUGCUCAGUUGAAGGACAAAUAAGUGCGAAAAUGAAUUUGUACUGGUAGAUUUUUUGAUGGUAAAAACUUGACAAAUGGAGGAUCGUAGAGGAGUGUCUCAUCCUCGAGGGCCACCGUUGCUUUGCUGACAGGAGGGUUGAGCUAGGGGGCAGCUGAAUCUAGAAUCUGACAGCUAGAUAUCGUGAAAUAUUUCUUUACGCAGUAUCUUUAAAUCUUCUCAAGCUUUACAGUCUUUCGCCCAAAAAGUGAAAAUGAAAAUGAAAGGAUGGAUGUUUCAACCAAAAUCAUGCAGCAGAAUCCAAAUCUUCAUCUUUAAAGCUCCUGUGAAGAACUUUAGGUUUGUGUUGAGUUUGGUGCCCCUUGUGGACGAAACGGUACUGCGAAGCGUUUUGCUGGUUUUACUUUGUACACCCAGAUGUUAGAAUCAUCUUAAAAUUCAUUUGUGAUAGAGAUGUUUCAAACCCGAUCAAGGAUGACUUAAAACUGAGACUUAAAUGUGAAUUCAGGAAACUUAGAUACUGGAGGUCAACACGAAGCAUUUCAUCAUGGCUGUUAGUUGAAUUUAAGAAAUGAAGAUGGAAUUUUAGGUUUUAUUAUAGGAAUGUUUGUCUGUAAUUCUGCGUCAUGUAUUAUUCUGAUACCAAACGCUCUUCAGAUAAUCUUUAAAUAGUAUAGUUAAACCUGUGUUAAAUGUUAGAUUUGAAGGUUAAAUAUGUUAUUUCAUGAGGUGAAAAAUGGGACAACUUCCAACAUGUUUGGAAAGAAAAAGGUUUUAAGCACAUUUUAGUCUCAGCAGAGCAGUAACCUGUAGCUUUAGUAGCAAAAUUACUGGCUGUGAGAAGCAGGAGUCUUCGUAGUUACACAGAGUUUUAUCUAUUAAGGAAAUAAAAAUCCAAGUUUUCAUCAUUUGGACAUUUUGAAUCAUACUCAGUGAUACGUUGGUGUACGUUUUGUUUAUUUGCACAGUGUGAUAGAUUAUGAGUAACAGCGAUCGUGGCCCAACUGCUGGUUUGUAAAUACAACUUUCAUCAUGUUUCAACCUCAACUCUGAUAUUUCUGAGAUAAAGUCACCAUAAAGGGCUUACUUCAUUGACACACUGUGAUAGUUCACAGCACAAAUGGUUUCUUUUUUUAAACUUGGCAACGGUUUGUAAUGAAUGUCGACUAAAUGUGAAAGAGCGUGCUCCCAGCCUGUUUGGAUUCUGAAGGAACUGUCAAUGUGAUUGUCUGUACGAGAGCUUGACCCCAAAAAUACAGUGUUUUUAAAAAAACGUUGAAGUUUGUUUCUCUUCUGUG